AUGGCCACGAAAAACAACACCACAAUGGCAGAGCCGGAGCAAUUUGCCGGCGAUGGAGGCGAGGCUCUACCUGAGCAUCGUCAAGCAACCGCCGAUUCUAAACACAGCCUCUCUGAUGAAGAAAAAGGCAUUUCGGAGCCAAAAGCGCAAAACAAGGACGACUAUCCGCAGGGGCUGACGCUGUUCUUUCUAACCUUGGCCCUGGGCUUGGGCAUGUUCAUGAUGGCCUUGGAUAACACAAUCGUUGCCACGGCUAUUCCGAAAAUCACCGACGAGUUCCAUGGUCUCUCCGACGUCGCCUGGUACGGGUCCGCCUACUUCAUGACCGGCGGCGGCUUCCAGCCGCUCUGGGGCAAGGCCUACAAGUACUUCCCGCUCAAGACCACGUACCUCGUCGCCUUCUUCAUCUUUGAGCUGGGCAGCCUGAUAUGCGGCGUGGCGCCGACGUCGACGGCCUUGAUCGUCGGCCGCGCCAUUGCCGGCAUCGGCGCCGCCGGCAUCGGCUCCGGCAGCUACACGCUGCUCGCCUUUGCCGUCGAGCCCGCGCGGCGCCCGCUGUACACGGUCAUCAUCGGCGCCGCCUACGGCGCCGCCUCGGUCGUGGCGCCGCUGAUUGGCGGCGUCUUCGCCGACCGCGUCACCUGGCGCUGGUGCUUCUACAUCAACCUCCCCAUCGGCGCCGUCUCGGCCGUCAUCAUCCUCGUCUUCUUCGCCAACCCCAAGCUCGCGCGGCCCACGCAGGCGACGUGGCGCGAAAAGGCCCUGCAGAUGGACCCGGUCGGCGUCGUCUUCGUCAUGGGCGCCGUCAUCGCGUACGUGCUGGCCAUGCAGGCCGGCGGCCAGACGGACGCGUGGAACUCGGCCAAGGUCGUCGGGCUCCUCGUCGGCUUCGUCCUCAUCGUCGCCGCCUUUGUCGGCUGGGAAAUCUACAAUGGAAGCCGAGCCAUGAUUGAGUCGCGACUGAUGCGCAUGAACAUUGUCUGGGUCAAUGCCGCGUACUCGUUCCUCGUGGUCGCGUCCUUCUUCACCAUUGUCUACUUUCUGCCCAUCUAUUUCCAGAGCAUUGACAAUGUCAGCCCCAUCAUGUCAGGUGUCAGAAAUAUCCCGUUCAUAUUGGCAGCCAUUAUCGGAAGCAUCCUUGUCGGAGCGAGUAUCGCCGCCAAUGGCAUUUCUACGCCGCUGAUGGCUAUCGGAGCAGUGCUGGGCACCGUUGCCUGUGGGCUGCUGUAUACAUUCGACAUUGGCACUCCCACAGGCAACUGGAUCGGGUACCAGAUUCUUGCCGGAGUGGCGUACGGCGGUGCUUUCCAAAUCCCCAUCAUCCAUGCUCAAGGCACCGCCAAGCCAGAGGAUCUAUCUGCCAUUACUGGCAUCAUCAUGUUCUCUCAGACGCUUGGCGCCGCGAUGGUCCUGUCUUCAGCACAGUCUGCCUUCGCUAACAGGCUAAUCCAAGUAGUGACAGCCGCCGCACCGGAUAUUCAGCCCGGUGCUCUGUUGGCCACGGGAGCGACCCAGAUCCGCGCUGCGUUUCCCCCAGAGCUACUUCAUACAAUCCUUCUCGGGUACAUGUCGGGCAUCAAAACAGCCUUUGCCAUUCUGAUUGGUGUCACCGGACUGGCGAUCCUCGUCCUGCCCUUCGGGGACUGGAAGCGCCUCGAUCCAAAGGCGCUGGAGAGUAUUGGGGCCGCUGCUUGA